AUGUCCAGCCCAACAAGCACAACCCUCCCCGUAAAAUCCCACCCAGAUGCCUUGCACCUCACCGCAUCGGUGCACGCCUACCUGGACAGCACCUACCCCUUCUCAUCCCAGCAAACCAAAAAUGCCUUUGAAAGCCAGGACCUCCCGCGCUUCACGGCGCUCCUCUACCCCGAGAGCCAGAUCGAGCGGCUCGAGAGCGCAGCGCUGUUCACGUCUUUGACGGCGAUUCUCGACGACGCAUUCAGCCAGAUGUCCAUCGCCGACGCCCGGAAAAUAGGGGCUAGAUUACUGGCUAUCAUGCAGGGAGCCACGACGGCCGACGACGCGGUUCCUGUGGAGAGGAUCCUGGGGAAGGUGAUUGGGGAUAUGAACGUCCAGAGCCCGGAGCUUGCGGGGGAUGUUUUGAACGGUGCUGUGACGCUGUUCCUCGCGCAGACGGAUAAGAGGAGGCUCGAGGUUACGGGGUUGGAUGAGUACUUUGAGUUUCGGUAUGGGGAUGUGGGUGGGGAUUUCUUCACGGCGCUCAGCCGCUUCGCGAACGAUAUCGUGCUCUCGGAGGAUGAAAAGGUGAAGUUCAAGGGCCUCGAGAAACUCAUGAUCCGGCACGUGAUUAUCGCGAACGAUAUCCUCUCGUGGGAAAAGGAGCUUAAGGAGGCGGAUGAGAGUAACGAGGAAGGCGGGGCUCUGUGCUCGGUUGUUCCGAUCUUGGCCAGGAAUCUGGGGAUUGGGUUUGAGGGGGCGAAGAGGGUGCUUUGGGUGGCUGCUAGAGAGCUGGAAGGGGAGAUGGAGCGGGUGGCAGGGGGGUUGGGGCCAUUGUCUGAAGAAGGGGAGAGGUAUGUCCAGGCUCUUAAGUACCUGGCUAGUGGGAAUGAGGAGUGGUGUCGGACGACGAGUCGGUAUCGGGUGGAGUAG